AUGUCAAACAACCUGCUGUUUGUGUCUUACUUCAUGUCUCGCGUGCAGCUGCUCACAGCCCACGCGGUCAUACCACUGAUCGUGUUUGAUGGCGGGCGAUUGCCAAUUAAGGGCGAGGAGGAGGACGCGCGGCGCAGGUCGCGUCGCGAGGCUCGUGCCAAGGCGGCCGCGCAUAUGGCAGCAGGCAACGCCGCAGCGGCGCUCGAGUGCUACCAACGCGCGGUCGACAUUACGCCCACCAUGGCGCGCCAGGUGAUCGACGCGCUCAAGGCUGCAGGCGUGUCCUACCUGGUGGCACCGUAUGAGGCUGACGCGCAGAUGGCGUACUUGGCGCGGCGUGGGGACGUGGACAUCGUGGUGACAGAGGACUCAGACCUGCUGGUCUAUGCCUGCCCAAGGGUGGUCUUCAAGCUUGACCGCAUGGGAGCGUGUGAGGAGGUGGCGUCGGCCGAGUUCGCCUCAAUCCCAGGGCUGCCCCUUGCAGGCUUCAGCCAUGACAUGUUCCUGCAGGCAAGCUUCAGGGAGGGGAUGUGCAUCCUCUCCGGCUGCGAUUUUUUGGUGGGCCUCCAGGGCAUCGGUGUGCGCAAGGCCCACGGUUACGUUCGCAAGUACAAGGGGUUUGUCAAGCUGGUCAAGGUCCUGCGCUUCAGCGGCGUGCCGGUGCCCCCUGGCUACGAGGUGGCCUUCCAGCGCGCAGUAUGGGCCUUCAGGCACUGCCGGGUCUUCUGCCCAGCCGCGCGCACAAUGGUGCACCUCACACCGCUGCCAGCUGGUGGCAUCGGUGCAGCGGACGUGGAUGUGCCAGCCGCGGUGCCUGCAACAGAGGCUGACCGUGCGGCGCUCGACUUCUUGGGGCCCAUGCUGCCGGAUGACAUCGCACGCGGCAUAGCAGCUGGCCUGGCGAGGCUGGGGCCUGAUGCCAGCGAGGGCUCUGACCCCGCCCUGGGCACCAGCCUCGGCAGCCUGGGGACCAACCCCAGCCAGCCGGGCAGCUCAGGCCCGUACCUGUCCGCAGGGCCUUUGGAGGAGGAGGGCCUGGGGACAGACCCCACUGGCAGCGGACACCUGACGGCCCCCCUGCUGUCACAGGGCGUGGGCACCAGCAGCGGUGGCUCGCAGGAGCCUCUGGCGCCUGGCCUGCCGCUGUCGUCUCUGUCUGGGGGCGGCUCCUUUGGCACCCUUGACGAGGGCGGCGGCGGCUGCGGCGGCAGUGGCAGCGGCGGGGCUGGCGGUUCCCACGGCGGCGGGCGAGUGCUGUCUGGGCCAGCCAGCCUGUGGCUCUCGCAGUAUGGCUGCGGCAGUGGUGGCGGCGGGAGCGGCAGUGGUGGCGGCGGCAGCGCGCUGAUUGCCGGGUCCCAAGGCACAGGCGGCUCCCAGCGGCUGCGCGUGCGCGGCACAGUUGCUGAUGAGGAGGGGGAGGGGGAGGAGGAGGAGGAGGAGGAGGAGGAGGGUGGCUGA